GGGAGCCUCGUUUUCGGGUUGGCGCAUGCCACUGCAGUGAGACCAGGCCGCCAUAUUGAAUGAAUCAUUACAACUAGCCGAAUGUGCUUCCUAGUUUUUCACUGUAAAUUGUUUCCCCAUCCUCCUGAAAAAAGCACUGAAGUCUGGGCAACACUUUAUCAGCAUUGUGCGUAAUCCAAUUCCGUUGAAUUUUGGUGACAUUUGUGAUUUAUUUGAAGGUUUCUCCGCUAGUUGUCCAUGUAAAAGGCUUUGGAAAGGGCACCUCAUUGCUUGUGUGGUGUACUCGUGAGAAGGGCAGCUUUCGUUGCCCUCAGUCUCACAUAUAUCAAGAAACAUGUUUUGUAGAAAUAAUAAAAUGACGUAAUUUAAAGCAAGAACUGGCUCAGCAAAAUGAAGAUUGAACGAAGCAAGAUACGGAAGAGCCAUUCUCAGCCGGCUCCGGAAUGCCAGCACUUGAUUCAAAGAUUGACGGAAGCCAGCGAGGGGGAAAUGGUACAUGUGUUGAAAUCGGUCCACACUUGGUACUACGGAAAGUGUGAUCUGGGCCACUGGGCUGAUGUACUGGACAGAUUUGAUGACAUUCUCACUAGUGUUGCCAAACCUGUUAAUGGCAGUGCAUGGAUCCUAACCUAUGACAAGUUGGAUGAGCUAGAAGGACCAGAACUAGCGGCAGACAAGCGAGAGCUCGUAAAUCAAGUGCUGCGUUUUACAGCUCUUCUAAUAGAGCAUGCAUAUUCAAGACCAACUUAUAAUUCUGCUGAGCAUCUUAUUUGCUUGCUGGUUGCUAGUGAUAUGGAGGUAGUGUUGUCUGUCCUUGGACUCCUGUAUGUCUUUAGUAAACGAUGCAGCUUCAUACCUAGACUUCCUGCAGAGAAAAGAAAACCCCUUCAACAGAGACUAUUACAUAUUGGGGAGAGCUGGGGAGGUGUAAAUGGUGGCUUUUCUUUGGCUGAAUGCUGCAGGAACAAGCCUCUACAGGAAUUUCCUGCAAGCGCUGGAGAUGUUCAUUUUGAGUUUUAUACUCCAGGAGAAGACACCCAGCCAUCUGACCAGGCCUCAGACACAGAAAGCCAAGUGUGCAGCAUCAGUGUAGAAAAGCUUUUCCAGUUUUCAGAGAAUGCAGGAGAAGUAAUGGAACAGUUACUAGCUUACUACAAAGUACCCACAGAAAAACAGGUUGGAUUGUUUGCAAGAGUGCGACUAGCAAAGCAUUUUCCUAACUACACAGAGAGAUUACGCUGCGUUCAGGCUCGCCUCUGGGCUAUUUCAGUGCUUGUAUAUUCAAAUGUCAGCCAAGAUAUCCAGAAAUCCCUAAUGUACCAAGGUUUUGUAGAGGAAGUGGUGGACUUGCUGAAAAUAGAGGAUUCAUCACUGCUGGAAAUCAAGACUGCAGGCAUUAGGCUUUUGACAUCAGUCAUUCACCUCCAGUACAAUCCUCGACUGAACACUAUUGUGGAGUGUGCUGGAAUUGCAUCUUACCAUGGUUUCCUCCCUAGUCUGAUGCGGACAUGUAUACAAACAUUAACAGAUCCUGCUAAGAAGCCAUUUCCAAUGUCCUUUUCAACCGCCCUAUUUUCAUUUGUUUACCACUUAGCAUGUUUUGAGAUAGGCAGUGAUGCUCUUGUAUCAAGUGGCCUGAUCGAGUCUUUACUGAGAGUGAUAGAAUUUCCUGGAACCGAAGAGCAUUUAACGUUUGUGACACGUGCAGUGCGAAUUAUGGACUGGAUUGGAAACACAGCUAAUGUAUCUGGCUACCAAAAUGGGCUUACAGCAGUCAUCAACAGAUUAGAGCAUGAGGUUAAAGUCUGCAAACCGUACCACAGUGGCAUCCUACCCCCUGACCUUCCUUCCACUGCUGAUAACACCUCUCACAUGGAGACUACUGAUGAAGCGUCUUCCCCUCACGACCCCGCAAGAAGUGUUCCCAUGGAGACAGAACAGGCAGGACCAAGCAGUGCAGACCAUGACGCCAAGAUGGAGGUGGAUGACAGUACACUUGUUCCUGGAACUAGCACCCCAGCACAGGAGGUUAGCCAGCAGCGGUGCCUGCCGCAGAGAGCAGCUCUUAUCAAGGCCCUUCUUAGCUUCCUCAAGAAGGUUAUUCCUGAUCCUGCCUUCUCAGAGAGCAUCAGAAAUGUCAUGGAUGGAUCCCUUCCAACCUCCUUGAAGUACAUUAUCAGCAAUGUUGAAUACUAUGGCCCUGUACUCUUUCUAGGAGCCACUGAUGUAGUGACCGUAUAUGUCUUUCAUGAGCCGUCACUGCUAUCAUCUCUGCAAGAUAAUGGUUUGACAGGAGUAGUCAUGAAAUCCUUGGUCGUGAAAGAUAUCCCAGCCAUGCGAGAGGUGCUGUCCUCACUUCCGAGUGUGCUCAGCGCCCUCUGUCUCAACACAAGGGGUUUGCAGGCAUUUAUGGCCUGCAAGCCAUUUGACAAGCUGUUCAAGGUGAUGCUGUCACCAGAGUACCUCCCUGCUAUGAGGAGGAAAAAAGCCACAGAGGAAUUAGGAGAGACUGCCUCUAACUUGGGCAUAGCAAUGGAUGAGCUCAUGAGGCAUCAGCCGACUUUAAUGACUGACACAAUGAAGGCAAUUGUGAAGAUUAUGGAGCAGCUCUGCAACAUGGGUUAUGACCCUAAGAACAUUGGCUAUAAGAUAACAGAUGAUGAACAGGAAGGGGCAUUGGAGGUACAGAGCGCCCAAGUCCAGGCGGCAAACCUGCUGUCUCAGCCCAGUGAAGACCCUAUGACCGAUGAUGAGUAUGAUGAUGAUGACAGGUUCAGCUUCACCAGCGCAACUAGCUCUAAAGCAUCUGCAGAUGCAGAGAGUGGCAAGGACAGAGAUGUCAUAAAGAAUGCUGGAGAAGAGAAGAGAGAAUUUAUCCCCCUUGCUGAUUACAUACUCAAUGUGGUGAAGUUUGUGGAUGCAAUUCUGAGCAACAAUUCAACUGAUGAUCACUGCCAGGAGUUUGUUCGACACAAAGGCCUCCUCCCACUACUCAGCAUUUUUGGUCUUCCCAAUCUUCCACUUGACUUCCCAUCUACUCCCUCAUGCCAGGCAGUCUCAAGUGUCUGCAAGUCACUUCUGAUGCUGGCACAUGAGCCUCAAGUACUGAAACAGGGCCAGCUUUUCUUGAAGAACAGCCUCAACAAGCUACAGUCGAGUGUCUACUGUCCAACAGAGAACACAGACCUGUCCAUUUGUCAUGAGGUGGUGUCUGCUGCCAAGCCAGCUCAGGCCAUGCACUCACCGCAGCAGACGCCUUUGCUCCAUGCUGUCACUGCUGUACAUGCUUAUGUUUCUAUGUUUCUUUAUGUAAGCCGUGCAGGGCAGAUGGACCUGCGCACCAUGUGUGUUAACCACUGGGGCUCUCAGAUGGGUGUGUCAAUUCUCAAGCAGCUGGGAGAGUUGCACAUGUCUCUUCAGUGGGAGAUGACUGUCCUUGAGACACUGGUGAAGGAGGAAAAUGACUUUGCUAACAACUCCAACGAUGCUGCACCCGAAUCUUCAGUAAAAGGCCUUGUCAGUGUGGUGUCUGACAGCAAGCAAGUCCCUGGAGCAAGCAAGAAGGCGGAAGAACCUCCUCUGCAGCCCUCCCAGCAACGUAUCAUCAAGCAGCUCCUGCAGCUUAUAACCAAUGUCAACAAGUGUCUGUCAGAGUUCUUCAGCCUGCUGCUUCGCCUGAGUGUUGGGACGGCCCAUAGACAAAGGCGCACCCCUCACAGUAUGGUGACACCUGGUAUGCCAUCUGCAAAUGCCAGGCAUGUGACAGCAGAACUGUGCAAGGUGCUGCACAGUGCUUUGUCCUGGCAAGGAGCUGCAGCAGAUAAAUCCUCCCCAGAACUAAGGCUGCACUUCUAUGUUUCAACUAUCAAAUUUGCAUCCAAGCUGCUGUUUGAUGAUAAGAAGUUCCCAUACCACCUCAUGUUACAGCAGUUCAUGAUGUCAGGAGCAUUAGACAGUCUAUUUGAGCAGUUCACAUGGGUGCUGACACAGGGAGGCAAGGUGCCACUCCAGGGGGCUGUCAACCACCCUGACAUGCCUGAGGGUACAGAGGAGACCCUAGAUGCUUGGCUUGUCCUGAUUGACAAGCUAGCCAACCCCAAGGCUUUACUGGAGUCACCACAUAGUCUGCCUGCAGUGUCUAACAGUGAUGGGUUUGUACAGUUCAAGCCUGUGCAGUUUCUGAUACGAGUCCAGAAGAGAGCAUUCAUGUGUGUGGGUUAUCUUUGGGGCCAAAAGCCAAUGAAAGUGCAUGGCUCGCACAUGGCAGAAACAAUGCUAUCAAUCCUGUGUAACAUCUUUCAAGGGGAGAGCAUGAUCAAUGAGAAGCUUGGGACAACCAAGGAGUCCACAAGUAACGCUCUUCCCAUUGCUACACCAGCGGCUGCAAUACCAGCAGUAGCAGCAGCAGCAGCAAUGCCAGCAGCAGCAACUCCUGCAGCACCAGUACCCGCCCCUUCUGCCCCGCCUCAACCUGAGAUCAAUGAGCAGCACCUGCAGCAGCUGAUGGACAUGGGGUUCACCCGUGAGCAUGCUCGGGAUGCUAUACUGAACACCAACAGUCUGGAACAAGCCACAGAGUACAUUCUCGCCCAUCCACACCCAUCAGCUGCUCCAGCACACCCCCCACCUGUGGAGGUACCUGUUCAGGCUCCUGAACCAGACUUUGGUGAUGACUUCGAGAUGUCAGAAGAAGACCAGAUGAUGAGAGCUAUUGCCUUAUCUCUUGGACAAGACAUAUCACCAAUGAUUGUAGACCAGCCACCCCCACCUCCCCAGAAAGAGCCACUCAAAGAACCUAAAGAGCUCACUGAAGAUGAGGAGCCACUGGCCAAAGAUCUCAUUGACCACUUUACCAUUAAUAUUUUUGCUGGGUGUCGGAACCUGUUAGAAGAGAUCCCUGACACAGUGUACCAGAUCUGCAAGCUGAUUGCCACUGUGUCCAAGAGGAAUGGUGCUCAGUGGAGAGACAUGGUGCUCAAGUUUAUCCUUGUCCAGAUUGAAAUUGAUGUGAAAGCAGUGAUUAGCACAUGCAGCCUGGAAAACAGCAGGAACAAGUUUGAUGAAAUGAUGUCGCAGAUGUGCAAUAUGCAGGAAGCGGGUCGACUAUCGUCUCUCCUACAUCUCCUUUGCCUCAUGUUUGAGGAAAUGAAGCUGUCUUGUGCAGUUAUUGUAGAGGAAUUUGGCAUCCUGUCAGCACUACUGGAACUGUUGGACAUGUGCCAAGGGACACUUAUGCACCAAGUUCUCAUACCUGCAGAACCUACCACUCCCAAGUGGCUUUGUCCACUUCUGCUCUUGCUGGAUCUUUAUGAGAAGACUGCAUUAUCCUCCAAGCGCAAGAAACUGCACGACAAGUGCACUACCCAUGUGUGGCGGUGGUUUGAUGACCGUAGUGGGCGCUGGUACGCCUAUAGUCCCACCAAUAACGAAGCUAUUGAUGCAGCUUAUCGUAAAGGGGAGACAAAAACCCGAUUUUUGGCUGGCAGGCGGCAUUACAGUGUAAACUUUUCUACUAUGGUUCAGAUCAAUGAAGACUCUGGUAGUAGGCGACCUGUGAUGCUUGAAACAGUUUAUGAAUCUUCACUUAGCAACAAGUUUAUUGGUAAUGAUAAACCCAGCAAUUCAUCAUCUGCCCAGAAAUCAUCUGAUGUCGCUACAGCCCAGCAGGGUACUCAGAAAGCAAAUGCUGACACAGCAACCAGUAAUGGGAAACCAGUUGCAGGUACAUCUAAGGAAGAGGGGAAGGAAGUAGAUGAUCGCACAGUUGAGAGUAUGGAUGACGUACAGAAGACAACCAUCAUAAGGUGCUGCACAAUGCUUGUCAGAGUCCCUGUCAACAACAAUGCCCUUCAUGCUGCCCUUCGGCUAUGCCUGCGCAUAACUCAAGAGCACAAGUAUGCAACUCAAUUUGUGAACCUGGGCGGUCCAAAGGCAAUCAUGGGUUUGACCCAGAAAUCCUCCUUCCCUGGCUUCCUCUCCAUUACUACCCUUCUGCUCCACCACGUCCUUGAAGACACUGUUAACUUUCAGCACACUGUAGACAAGGUCAUCCGUUCUGUUGCUGUGAAUGGGGUGAGCAGCUCCUCUACUGGAGUCAGCCCUAACUCUGUCGGCGCAAAAGAGAUCAACUAUGUGUUACGAGUCCUUGGACCUGCUGCCACAAGGGACCCAGAACUCUUCAAAGAGGCUGCCAAGAAGGUGCUGCGGUACGCCAUCACCCCACAGCUGCGGCGAGCUCUGGUAGAAGGCAGUGAUGUCUACCUCCCCUCCAAUCACCCUCACCUGGUUAAGGUGGUCACCUUGCCCAAGCCUGUCAAGCUGCCGGUGCUGUGUGAGGCUGUGCGGGAGGUUGUCUGUGACCUUCUCAAUGCUCUGUGUGCCCCUGAUGCUGCUACAAGACUUGGUGGCUUUCCAGGGGGCCUGUGUGUCCGUCGCUCUGACAGCCAGAUGCUGGGUGAACUGGGCCGCGCCCUUGGGCAACUAGGUGAUAUGAUUGAUAGGUUCAGCACUAAUACUAUGCAGACUCUGUCGCCUGGUCACCCAUCAUACGGACGGCAGAUAACUGGGGAAGACACUACUGUGGAUAAUGAAGAAAUGGCUAUGGAUUCCCAACAGGAUGAGGCUCAUGAAGGUGCAUCAGACAAACCAAAGGACAAGACUCCUCAAGAGGCAACAGAGAAAGAGAAGAAAGAAAAGAAGGAUAAAGAAGCCGCUACUAAACCUCUACUGACCAAGUCCGCUAUCUUGCGGAUCCUGGCUGAACUGGUGAAGACAUAUGGCGGAGUGGCCCAGCUGAUAACAGAGUACACCUACUCACCACCAUCGCUUCCUGGCGACAAACAGUACGAAGGCCCUGUUCUCGCCUACAUCUUCGAUCAUCUUUUAUCCUCCAACCAAGAUGGCAACAAUUCAGACACUCCUGCCUUUGCACGACUACUCUUGGCAGUCAUUGCAAUGUGCAACCAAGCCCCUGAAGCUCAGCAAAUCUUGGUGACUGAACUCAAGGCAUCUCUGACCCGUGCACUAGCCUUACCUGAAAAACCAGGCAAGCAUGUACGCUUGCAGGCUCUCUUCAGCCUCAUCCAGACCAUGAUAGACUCAGGAGCACGAACACCUCAGCAGGCAGUGGUCCAGCCACCCAACACCACCAUGCGACUGCUAACCAAGCGUGGACUUAUAACCGAUCUUGCACGUGUGCCUCACAGUCUAGAUCUCGCAAGCCCCUACCUGGUUACCACGCUCAAUGCCCUGCUUAAACCCUUGGAGAAGCUCUCAAGCAUUGUUACUCAGUCUCAGAGUACAUCUAGCGGCACGCAGACUAAACCAGCCACGCAGAGUACUGGGGUGGGGACUAGAGAUGUGGAUGCCACAGAUGGAUCAUCACAAACCCAGCCAGAAGGAACGUCAGGUGAAGGUGACCAGCAACAGGAGCAACAACAGCAGUCAAGCCAAGAGUCGGGGCAAGCAGACUUACAAUCUGUGAUCCAGGAGGAUGCGCACCAUGAGGACACCCAGGAUUCAGGCGAGGGUCGGGAGGUAACAGAGAACCUGACGUGGGACCUGGGCGUGACUGGACAUGCUAUUGUGCCGGUUGAGGAAGAGGAUGAUGCAGCCCUGGAGGAAGCCCUGGAAGACGUCAUGGAUGAGAUCCUGCAGAGAAACGAGCAAAGACCAAACGGUGCAGAGGGUGACGUGGUUGCGGAAGAGGUGGUAUCUCGCCACCACUUGGAUGGAGACCUAGUGGAGGAGACUCACUAUAUUAUUGAGGGUAAUGACGACGAUGAGUCAUCAUCCAGUGACAGUGAGGAUGAUGGCGAUGAUGACGAAGGGUCUGAGGGGGACGCUGAGGGCAAUCAUCAUAGUGACUCGGAUAAUGAAGAGACGAUGGUCAUUACGUUUGAAGCUGAUGGUGGACAUCCUGAUGAACAGGACGACAAUCAACACCAGGAUGAAGUUGAUGGUGGUCAUGAUGAUGAUGAGGAUGAUGAUGAUGACGAUGCUCGUCACCGCCCACACAUGGACGAGAGCCAGGGUGAUGUGGUGGUUAUGGACGAGGAGGCAGAUGAUGAUGAUGAUGAUGAUGAAGAUGACGAUGACGAUGAUGAGGACGGUGGAAGUCUAAUGGAGGAGGAGACUGCUGACAUGAUGCAAGAUGAUGCCUUUGCUGUCUACGAAGAUGACAAUGUAUUUUUGCAAAUCCGCGACGACGGGGGUUCCACACGAAUAGCUGGUGAACUGCUUCUAUCCACAGUUCAAGACGAUGACUCCAGUGACUUGAUGGGGGACCAGCUGCAGAGGAAUCUUCCAAUAGGCCGUCACCAUGGUGCUGCUGAAGUGCUGCAGCUUAACUCUGGAGGUCAUGAAUCUCGUCUCCUGUUAGCAAGUGAGGCUCGAGUGAUGGCUCGUCAGGCCGCUGGAGAGGACGGUAUGUUCCUUGAUGGCUACAUGGAGAAUACCUCAUCCAUCCCAUCUGCCCUCAGCCGAUGGACAGAGGAAAGCCAAAUCUUGGAUCCAGACAGCGUUCAUUACUGCGUAGCAGCACUAAAACCUGAACUCUUCCCUGUGUUCGAGAAACACCUCUCAGAAGAGAUUGAUAAGGAGAAGAAAGAAGAACAGAAGAAGAAGAAAGCAGCUGAAGCCAAGGCAGCUGCAUCAAAGAAAGAAGAAGACGAAAAGAAAGCCGAGGCUUCCAAAGCUGGCAGCAGCCAGCAACCAGCUGAAGACAUGCAAGUUGACCAAGCGGCAUCAAGCUCAUCUCAGGCUCAAGAGAGAACCCCAACUGACUCUCGAGAGAACAUGAAUUCUUCUUUGCCAUCUACUGCUGCUUUAAGCUCCACAGAAGCUGCCACUCCUGAUGUAGCAGAGUCUGCUCUCCAGACUUCAACUCCACGAGGUGACGACACCCAGGCCUCUACAGCAGAGGUGGCACAGAACAUUGUGUCCUCGGCUGUCGCACAGGCCAUUUCUAACACCAGCUCUUCCAGUUUUGAACCCGCUGGUGCAGAGGGAACAUCAGCAGCUUCAUUAGGCUCUCCUAUGACACUUGGUAGCGAGGUGUCUCAAGGAUCGUCAGAGAUGUCCACCUCACCACAGCAAAGUAUGACUACAAGUGAGCAUGGCGACCAGGAGAAUACUGAUAGACAAGAACAACCAGCAACAGCUAUCGACCAGGAUGUCCAACCAUCAAGCUCCACCUCCACUGAACCUCAACCAGGAUCGAGCGGCGAGAACAACAGCUUGACCAUCGAUGGCAUUCCUAUCCCUGAGGGAGUAGACCCCUCAUUCCUAGAAGCACUGCCUGAAGCGUUGAGGCGGGAGGUGUUAUCUGAGCAGCUAGGCCUGCGGCCACCACCUUCUUCAGGGAGUGCAGCUACAAGUGCUGAUGGAGGUGUAGUAUCCCAAGACCCGCUCAAUGUCAGUCCGGAGUUCUUGGCGGCACUCCCACCUGAUGUACAGGAGGAGGUUCUACAGCAACAGCGGCUUGAAGAAGAGCGCCGCCGUGCUCAGCAAUCCCAACCUGACACUCCUGUCGACCCAGGAGCUUUCCUACGCAACUUACCGCCCUCUCUGCGCCAGUCCAUUCUUGCUGACAUUGAUGACUCUCAACUUAAUGUCCUUCCUACAGAGCUAGCAAGCGAGGCACAGACCUUGCGGCGGGAGACAGAAGUAAGAAGACAGAGGAUGAUUCAGGACAGGUUUGCGUUUGGAGGAGAUACUGCCUCUGCCAUAUCUGCACUCCUGCGACACUCUGGUCUGUCCAGGCGUUCAGGAGGUGGAGGACUUCACUUCACAAGGCUUUUCCCAUCAGGGACGAACUCUAGAGGAUUCAGCAACAGUCCGGCUAUGCUCAAAGCCAAUCAGAAAUAUGGCGGCAAGCAGUUGCUUGACCACGAAGCACUUGCUUGCCUUGUGGUGCUACUCUUUAUUGAUGAACCAAGACUCAACAUCGGGCGACUGCAGAAGGUGUUUCGUAAUUUGUGUUACCAUGAGGACACUCGUCGCUGGCUUAUCAACACUUUGAUCCUCGUGCUAAAAAGGACCGAUAGUAUACGGAUUGAUAAUGCCCGGGCUCUACCCGCAGCCACGCAAGGUGAGUCCAGCUCGGCUAUGACAACAGGUAACACAGCACAAGAUUAUUUGUCACGCGGCGAUGGUACAUGUCGACUUGAGGAAUAUUUAAGUGGAAAGGGAGAAAGUAGUACAGAUAUAAAAAAGGCUCACAUUCCGUCAUGGUUGAAAGUACGUCUGGACUCAUCGUUAGGUACUCGGACCAAUGUAUUUAGUAUUCAAAGACAAGGCAAAGUUGGUUUGGAGCAAAGUGCUAUGAUAACUGUGCAUCCCCAUGCCUCAGCGUUUGUGUGCCGCCAUGCGCUUGACUCCUUGUUGUUCCUUGCAAAGACUUUCUCUAGCAGCUUUAUUCCAUCAACAUCAGCAGCCAAGGAGGAAGCGGACUCAAAAUAUAGCAAAGAGAAAACUAGUAAAGCGAAUGGUAGUAAGUCAGACUUUUGGAGUAUAUUAUUAAAGCUGGAUUCAGUCGGCACAGGCCGAAAGGGAAAAUCAACAGCAGUCUCACUUCCAUCAUCAACAUUUGAUGAAAAGAGGCCGUCUGACUUUUCAUCCACACCUAUUGGGGAGCUUCUAACUUUACUGGCGCACCCUGUGAUCAAAUCUAAUGUGCAACUCACUGAUAGACUGUUACGCCUUUUGUCCGUCGUUGCAUCCUCACUGCCGGAAGCACCAGCGGCCAAGAAAACAGCACCUACAGAUGGGUCUACUGCACCUUUAGCAGGGUCAGAGGGCAGUGCCGCCCCACAAGUGGUUGUACCAGAGCCAGCUCCUCCCGCUGUACCUCUUGUGGUGGAGCCACCAUCAUCUCAGGAGCAGGGUGUGCUGACAUCCGUGCUCACCAUCCCGAUUUCUGAGACCGAUUCUGUGGCAUCUUCACUAGCAGUAGAGCGCAGCUCUGAACCUGGCGGCCACGAGGUGGAAUCCAUCGAUAGCGGAUCAGGAGACGAGGUGGGCUCACAGCCUCCUCAUGGCGAACCGAUGGUUGUUGAUGUGGCAAUCAUAGAAGAGCCUUCUCAAGCACAUGCUACCCAAUCAGGUUCUUUACUCAGCACUCAAACAGUGGCCAGUAGUGCAGAAAAGGACGCGACUGAAAAAGAAAAGGUGCAGACGAUAGUUUCUGACAACCAUCUGCAAUUAGCUGUGACUGUGCUAACGGGAGGAUCGUGCUCUGAGGAUGGACUAGAAGACGCCACCACUCUGCUCUUGCAAAUCUCUCGCCUUAGCACCUCCACUCGCAACACAGUGCUUGCUCAUCUGUUAGAAGGUGCACAGCGUCUUGGAGAGACCCUACGCCGAGUUAUUUCUGUGCUACUUCUAGAACUUAUAGAACAGAACAAAACUAGCACCCCAAAAACCCUAGAGAGCGACAAGGGCAAGAAACCUACCAUUGUGCUCCCUGAACCCCCACGCAGACACCACCGCCCAGCACACAGCCUGUUUGGUGUUCAGGACGGUGCGCCUGCACACCCAGGGGGUAGGAGACAGGCAGGUGCCAGGCCUGUCGUAUACGAGCUGCACCUCCCUUCCAUGCCACUACUGACGUGUAAGAAGUCCAGCCAGGCUCUGUUAUUAAGAGUGCUUAAGGUGAUCCUGCAGUUGAGGGAGGCAGCCAAGAAGGCUGGCAAGCCCCAGAGUGCGCGGGACACUCGUGCACGUCUACAGAGAACCCAGAGAGCAAUUCCUCACAUUGAGGGUUCUCGUGGUCUUGGUGCUGUUGUUGCAGCAUUAGAGGCAGAGGCGGAAGCUAUUUUUGAAGUGUUCUCAUUAAUGCGAGGUCAUCGCCACGACCGUGACCAUGGAGAUCGUGACCAUGACGACCGUGACGUGGAACGUGCUGCCCCGCCCCAGGCUCUUGCGGCCGCUAGGGAAACAGUGGAGGCUGGUGUGACCCGUGCUGCGGAGGAGAACAAAGAGCAAGAGAGCAAAGAGUCCGAACCGCAAGCACAACCUGUGGCAGUACUCCCGGUGCUGAGCGAACAGCUCGCCCUAGACGACCUGUGGGACAUCCUAGGCGAGAGUCUGACAGAGCUCGCCAAGACUUCGGAUAGUCACGCUGUCUUGUUACUUCAGCCUGCUGUAGAGGCAUUCUUCCUGGUGCACGGGUCCGAGAGACAGGAGCAAGCAGCUGCCACCGCCAGCACGGCACAGCAGGACCAGCAAAGGGCGUCAUUGCGCCUGUCCACCAGCUCUGACCUGUUCCCUGCCUCCCCGGGCCCUCUCUCCCCCGGGAUGAUGAGCCCAAACAGGCAGACCUCGACUACCUCCAUCAUGUCAGACCUACCCACAGAUACACAGAAGUUCCUCAAGUUCGCAGAGACACACCGCACAGUGUUAAACCAGAUCCUGCGCCAGUCCACGGUGCAUCUGUCUAACGGACCUUUCGCGGUGCUUGUGGACCACACGCGCGUCCUCGACUUUGACGUCAAGAGACGGUUUUUCCGCCAAGAGCUGGAGCAAUCAGAUGAAGGCAUUCGCCGCGAAGAUCUCACUAUACCUAUUAGGCGUGACCACGUGUUCGAGGACUCCUACCGCGAGCUUCACCGCCGCUCUGCCGAGGAAUGGAAGGCGCGCCUGUACAUCGUGUUCGAGGGCGAGGAAGGGCAGGACGCGGGGGGACUGUUACGCGAAUGGUUCAUCAUCAUGUCUCGUGAGAUGUUCAACCCUAACUACGCCCUUUUCACCACGUCCCCUGGAGACCGCGUCACGUACCAGCCCAAUGCCAGCUCCCAUUGCAACUCCAACCAUCUGAGUUACUUCAAGUUCGUGGGGCGCGUCGUGGCGAAGGCGGUCUAUGAUAACAAGCUGCUCGAGUGUUACUUCACGCGCUCCUUCUACAAGCACAUCCUGGGCAAACCCGUGCACUUCACGGACCUCGAGUCGUUUGACUACAGCUUCUACCAGGGCCUGCAGUACUUGCUGGAGCACGACAUUAGCGAGCUUGGCAUGGACCUCACCUUUAGCACCGAGGUCCGCGAAUUCGGCCUCUCCGAGAUUCGGGACCUUAUCCCCAACGGUCGCAACAUCCCUGUGACGGAGGAGAACAAGCGCGAGUACGUGAAGCUGGUGUGCCAGAUGAAGAUGACCGGAGCUAUUCGCAAACAGAUCGACUCGUUCCUCGAGGGCUUCUACGAGAUCAUCCCUAAGAGACUGAUCUCCAUCUUCAACGAGCAGGAGCUAGAACUGCUCAUUUCGGGACUGCCGAACAUCGACCUGGACGACCUCAAAUCACACACAGAGUAUCACAAGUACAACGAGAACUCGCUACAAAUCCAGUGGUUCUGGCGCGCGUUGCGCUCCUUUGACCAGGCCGCACGAGCCAAAUUCCUUCAGUUUGUCACGGGCACGUCAAAGGUUCCGCUACAAGGCUUCGCUGCUCUUGAAGGGAUGAACGGCUUCCAGAAAUUCCAAAUCCACAGGGAUGACCGCAACACAGACAGGCUUCCCUCGGCACACACGUGUUUUAACCAGCUUGACCUCCCCGCGUACGAAACGUACGAUAAGCUCCGUACGAUGCUGAAAAAAGCGUGCGACGAGUGCCCGGAAGGCUUUGGACUUGCCUAGUGUUCUGACAACACCUCUACACUGGACCAGCUACUCAUGCCAUGGGCCCGUCCCACUCCCAAAUGGAUCUUGCGAUGAUUCCCUAAAGUAUUGGCCCUGUCUUGAUACAAUAUUACGAAAAGAACUGGCGAUUUAGGACCUAAAUUUGAAAACCGGGUAGAAUGAGACAGUUGGUGGUGCACUCCCUGCUGCCUUGAUGCCCAUCUCGUAUCAUUAUUGUAUGGGUGUGUAACUGUUAGAAUUCCGUUGCUAUUCAUCGGCUUGAUUAGCUGCUUUAUCAACACUGCUAGCCUCAUGACAGGAAGCAAAGUCAAUAGGGUGUUUCUCCUCAUUAUAAUUGUGCCGUCUUGUAAUGGGCCAAGCGUUCAAUUUAUUUGCCAGGCUGUGAAUUGCUUAUCAACCUAGUGCUGCUACCAUUUUGAUACUCCAGUACGCAAAGAAAGUAGAAGGUAAUAGUUGAGCUUGAGGGUGUAAUUAGCGUAAAUCGUGCACAAGAUUAUUUGAAAUAAAGUUAAACCAACGCCAA